AUGGGGCCAGGCGCCUGCAGCGUCCUGCUUGCCGCCCUGCUGCCCUGGGCUGCGGGGGCGUCUGCUGCCGCCGCCAGCUCAAGGGCUCACAAGCAGCUGAUGACUGUGAACCGGGCUGGAGUUUGCCGCUACGGUUCUAAGACAGAAUGCUGCUACGGCUGGCAAAAGAACAACAGAGGGCACUGUGAAGCCAUCUGUGAACAUGGGUGCAAGUAUGGUGAAUGCAUGGGGCCAAACAAAUGCAAAUGUUUUCCUGGAUUUACAGGGAAAUCCUGCAGUCAAGAUAUGAAUGAAUGUGGAUUGAAACCACGACCCUGUGAGCACAGGUGCAUGAACACUCACGGCAGCUACAAGUGCUAUUGUCUCAAUGGGUACAUGCUCAUGCCAGAUGGCACAUGCGCAAAUUCCAGGACCUGUGCCAUGGUGAACUGCCAGUAUGGAUGUGAAGAAAUCAAAGGGGAUGUGCGGUGUCUAUGUCCAUCAACCGGACUUCAGUUGGGACCUAAUGGAAGAACAUGUAUAGAUAUUGAUGAGUGCACCACUGGGAAAGCUAUUUGCUCUUAUAACCGCAGAUGUGUCAACACUUUCGGAAGCUACUAUUGCAAGUGCCAGAUUGGUUAUGAACUGAACUAUGCCAAUGGCCGUUACGGCUGUAUAGAUAUAAAUGAAUGUGUUACAAAUACACACAAGUGCAACCUUCAUGCAGAGUGCCUCAAUACUCAGGGAUCCUUCAAGUGCAAAUGUAAGCAGGGCUAUAGGGGAAAUGGACUUGAAUGUUCUGUUAUUCCUGAAAAUUCACUGAAGGAAAUACCGAGAAUCCCUGGAGUCAUCAAGGACACAAUCAAGAAACUCCUUUCACACAAAAACAGUGUGAAAAAACAUGAAGAAAUCAAGAAUGUAAUCCCAGAAUCAGCUCCCAAGGUGCACCUGCAGUCAUUGGACUACGAAGGUGGUGUUUACAUUGGUGGAGCCCAGGAUGAAAAAAAAGAAAGUGAAGAUGCUGGAGAAGAGGAAGAAGUAGAUGAGGCAGAGGAAGAAGAAGAACAAGAAGGGUUUGAAAACCAAAUUGGUCAAGAUCAAAGCCUAAGAGGAGAUGUCUUUCUUCCCAAGGUGAAAGAAGCAGCCGCUUUUGGUCCUCUUCCAGCACAGAGAAAAGUUCCAGUAUUGAAGCCAGAGCAGGAAGUUGAUUGCAGCUUCAAUAAGGGGGUUUGUAACUGGAAACAAGAUACAGAUGAUGACUUUGACUGGAAUCCUGCUGAUCGAGAUAAUGGUGAAGGAUACUAUAUGGCAAUUCCAGCUUUUGUGGGGCAGAAGAAGGAUGUUGGCCGUUUGAAACUUCUCCUCAGUAACCUCAAGCCAAGGAGCAGCUACUGUUUGAUUUUCAACUAUAGACUUGCUGGAGAGAGAGUGGGGAAACUUCGAGUUUUUCUGGACAGCCACAGAAGUACUCCUGUCUGGGAGCUGAGCAGAGGAAAAGAUAAAAGGUGGAGGACUGGAAAAAUAGAAGUACUUCAGGGGGUUGAAACCACUAAGAGUGUCAUUUUUGAAUCAGAACGUGGGAAGGGCAAAACUGGGGAAAUUGGAGUGGACAAUGUUAUAUUGAUUUCCGGCCUAUGCCCUGAAGAUGAACUGACAACUAUCUGA